GAAGGCCAGUGAGUAGAACAAUAAAAUACUGUCUAGUCAGUUUUUUAAUGCUUUGCCAGAAAAGGGCGAUUUUUACAACGGUGUCUGCCCUGGAUAGAUGUUUUCUUGCUUGCUUGCUUGACUGGUGGGAGUAGGACAGUAAAUGACUCUUCCCCGGUGGUUCCAGUAAACUUCUUCGAAGACCUGUGCGGCCUGAGUAGCACGGGACGGAAUUCCCCUUUAAGAGCGGUUUACCCUUACAGAAAGAGCGCUGUCUCCUCCUCUCCGUGUCCGCUCGCCGCCGUCCUAUAGCUAAGGUAACUCCGCCUCUGAAGUCAGGAAGCUGAAGGCAGCCGCUAAUGUUGUGAGGAGAUUGAGACAGGCGUUAAAUCAUUAGGCGAAACUGCAACACCAGGAUGAACUUGUCUGAAAUCUGAAGAGAAUCGUUUUUUUCGCACCGCGUGAUUUGUUUUUCUGCGAGCCGUAUUCCUUCUUUUUUUUCUCUCCUUUUCCUUUGUAUCCUGGCAUUUCACAUACCGGAACAAAAGUGGAUUUAACAGAAACCUCGUUUACUAUCACCUCAAGAUGCUGCUGGUGUCCCAGCGGGUAGAAACACCUCGCAUGGAGCCACUACUGCAAGGAUCAGUGAAGAGGAAGUUGGCGGAUGACAGCUCACCCACAGUGAACGGCCUCUCCGAUGGGAUGAUCCCUGGGAACAGCAAGAGACCCUGCCUGGAGGAUGUCACGUUGUCCAUGGGUCCUGGCUCUGGGUCAUACUCCUCAGGCACUGGGUUAGGUGGCCACUCAGGGCUUUUGGAUGGGAAUCAAUUGAAUGGUAACAGCAUAAGCUCCCAUUUCUCAGUUCCCCCCAGUGCCGACAUCAAGCCCAGUCCUAGCGCAGCUGGACAUGGGGGUAUGUUACCCCCUUUUGACCCUAAUGGGAACAACCGUGCUCCCUCUGUGGAGCAGGAGCUUCAAGACAUCCUGGAUGAGCUGACUAAAAACCCUGAUCCAUCCCUUCAUGAGCUGGAUAUUGAAAAGAUCCUGGGGAACAAGAGCGAUGAUCAGGUGAAUGUCAGCUUUAUGCAUCCCGACAACAACUGCACUCCCAAACGCUCUCCUCAUAGGACGUCCCAUUUGGAGAGUCACCUGACUAGCAAGGACUUCUCCCCAGGCUUCAGUCAGGCUCCAGUGGGGUCGCCCCAAGUCGGGCCUCCUCCUUCUGGUCCUCCCUACUCCCUGUCCCACACUGCCAAAGCCGUCCCUUCUCCCCUCUCAUCUAGCAGCCAGAAUCAGUCUCAGAGCCAAGCGCGUUCACCCAUGUUGUCUGCAGCCCUGUCGAGCCGCCCGGGCACGAACUGGCACGAAGUGUCCCGGGCCCAGCAGCUGCAGCAGAUGGCCAGCAACAAACACAUCUCCACUCCGCCGCAGCAGCCAUCGGCCCAGACCUCCAACUGGCCAGCCAUGCCGUCUUCUGGGCCCUCUCCGCCCUACCGUGAGAAACUGUCAAGUUCAUCACCACACCAGCAGCCAUUCAGCCCUGCCAACAGCAUGCAGAGCCCCCAGAGUGCCAUCAUCUCCAGUAUGGCUCCUGCACCUUCCACAGGUCCCUCCCCUCCCUACAGACCAGAGAAGCUCGCCAGUCCAGCCUUGGCACAGCCUCCCUUUAGCCCUCAAAAUUCCCUCCUGCCCAGCAUGGCACCUACAGGAGGCACUAUCCAGAGCCCCCAAGCCAACCUGUUGCCCAGUAUGCCCUCCUCAGGCACUCGGCCUUCUCCACCCUACAGGCCAGACAAGCUUUCCAGCCCAGCUGUCCAGCAACCCUCCUUCAGCCCUCAGAAUGGUUCUGGAGCCACCAUGUCAAGCCAGCUUUUUAAAGCCAUAACAUCCAGCCAGUCCACCAGCCUCAAUAUGCUAAUGCAACAGCAGCAGCAGCAAAGCCAGUCGGCCCAACAGCCACCCCAACAGCAGCAGCCACCUCCGCCACAGGGGGCUCCCCCCCCACCUGGCACGAUGCCGCAAGGACUCCUGACCAAGGGGGCCAUGGGCCAGGAUCCCUUCUCCUUCAACAACACGAAACCGCUCAGCCACUUUGACCCUGACCCUCCCCCCACGCAGAAGAUGGCGUCCAUUCCCAGCGGGCCAGGCCAGCCGUCGCUGAGCCACUACAUGUCCCAGUCGUCGAGCUCGGGAAUCCCACAGGCCCCCUCUGCCAGCCACCCUCAGCUGCUCCAGCAGCAGCGCAUGCAGAGGAGCCUGGAGCCCGGAGGCCUGGUGCCGCAUAGCAGAACAGAGCAGAGUCCAGCCAUGGCACCUCGGCUACAGGAUCCGUCGUCCAUGGUACGAGCUUCUCCCCGGCCGGGGCAGGGCAACGGCUACAGCCUCCUCUUCAAGACCCAGUUCAUGAGGAAGCAAGCCCAGAAGCAGCGACCACUGGAUCAGCUGAAUGGAGGCCAGAUGUCAGAGUGCCAGCAGAUCCCAUUUCAAGGCGUCGGCAGGUCCCUUCCCGGUGACUGUGGGUACUCCAUGCCCAACCCUCCUGCCAGCUCUUCCAUGCUCUCGCAGAACCCCAUGCUUGCCAACCGGAUGGGCAUGCCGGCAGGGCCUCUCUCCCAGCCCAGCCGCGCAAUCGCCGCCUUUCCUGGCAACCCAGGAGCCAAGCAGGGCAUGUACCCGCCGCCUUCUUCCGACUUCAACAUGCCCCUGCGGCCCAGCCAGAGCAUGUUGGGCAUGGGGAUGCACAGCCAGACGCCGGCCCGCACAGCGGUGGCAGCCUCCUCGUUCGGCGCCAGCACUCUGGCGCAGCCACACUUGAGACACGCUCUUGGGCAGCAGGGAGGCAGCUUGCCGCGGGUCAUGGUCAACCCUCAGAUGUGGCCGGCGCAGCAGGGGGUGCCGCGGAUGAGCUCCGACGCGCAGAUGGACCACAGCCUGCAGCCUUUCCCUGGCAGUCCCAUGUUCCCCCAGCAGUCCAUGAGGCCUGGCAUGCCCGCCCCAUACCCUCAUCAUCCUGGGGCCCCUCCCAACCAAAUCGCACCCAACCUACCUGUCAGGCAGAUGCAGAAACCGAGCCCUGCCCAGCCUGGCCCUGCUCUCAGCUCCCUGGCUGCACACUCAAUGAGGACCAGAGGACCCUUGUCCGCCAUGGCAGGAAUGAAGCCAGUUCCACCCGGCAUGGCUGGCCUGAACCAGGUCCAUCCUGCCCAAGGACUUGCGCCCCCCAGCUACCCCACCUCCAGCAAACAUCCAGGGGGAUAUAGCACGGGCAAUCCAGGUGCCAAGCUACCCCAGUACGACUUCACCCAACACCAGAACAAUGGCACAAUGCCCGGGCCGGGUGGCAGCGGAGCUAAUAUCAGCGAGGUGGACUUCAUAGACACUCUGGUGGGCUCCAAUGAAGACUGGCUCAACAAUCUGACAAUGAUUGAUGAGUACCUGGAGCAGAACUCAUAGGCAACCACAUCCCACUGUCUGUGUCUGGGGGGUGGGCUGGGGUCCGGGGCUAGUUGGGGAUGUACAGAGCCAUAAAUAUGGCAUGGGUUUGUGAAUUCGUAAUAUCGAAUGCAGCAGCGCACUAUGUUCAAUGUGGGGAAGGCACCUUUCUCUUUCUCCUCUGCUGCCUUUCCAGAGGAGUGGCUUGCCAGCUGCUCAUGGGGAUCAGGCCCUGGGAAACUGCGUAGAUUAUCAUGCAUCUGGGUGCCAUGUGUAUGUAUAUAUUAAUGAUACCCUGACUUCUUUCAAGAAAAAAAGUGGAGGUCAGUGAAAUAGUAUAUCUACCAAACAGGCUAGAAGGACUGAGUGGCCCCCAUGUUUGUCACCUGUCUAAAUUUCUGAAUUUACCCUAGGACCGCCUUCUGCUGGAGGAAAAGUGCUUUUGGCAUCUUUAAAGAUGCCCAUACCCUUUUCUGUGUCUACAUUCUAUCCCGGUAACCGAAUCUAAUAUCAGCAGCUGAAGAGCAUCGAACCAGUGUUUUUCAAGCAGUGCUUUUUGUUACAGUUGAUAAAGUGACAUCUGUCGUGUACACUGGCAGUUGUGUUUGUGAGUCCAUAUACCCUCUGACUACCAGAUUUGACCAGCAUAUACUGUAAAGAACAAAAUAACUGAUUCUGUGUUGCUGUGUUGCACCACUCACUGCUGGACUUUAAACUACAGCGAGACAGAAUAUCCUCUAUGGGACAGAAGAACAUCUCGGCACGCUUUUUUUGUAAGAUUUUUUAAAUUCUGAAACGUUCCGUACACGUGUGCAACCUUCCUAAUUUUUUAAAUUAGAGGCAGACAUGGUUCAUAAGGGAGUCUGCUUAUUGUUUUCCAUUAUAUUUUUUUUAAAAAAAGAAAGUAUUUGGCCCAUGUCCACAUAGCAACAAAGAAGUUCAGUAGACGUGAGUGGUCUAGUACAAGCAUCCUGGCAUUUCAUUGUAAUUGAAACAGACUUUUCUGGGCCCACCUCCAAAGAAACUUAUCUCAGUAUCACACACACUGCUCACUUCUGGCAGCUAGACAUCCCCUCCCUUUAAAAACUGUUAGAGUAUGGAGAAGUGUUUUUUUUUCUCGAGAUCUUACAAGUCAGAAAGCCAUCUUUGACCGCUUGGCCAUUCACAGAUCACCCUUGGGAAAGAAACCUGACCCAGGUUUGUGUUUUGGCCUGGGUUUCUCUUUAGCUUUUGGGGAUGAGUAUUUUUUUCUGCACAAUCUUAAAACAAAAUAUAUUAAAAAAAACAAAAAAGCAAAGCAGAAAAACAACACCAGUCAGUGUCUUUUUUUGAAAAGACUCCAUCACUUUAAAAUAACCUAGGGUCCACAAAUGAACAGACAGUAGCUUCGACCUGUUAAUGUAUAAGAAAGGUCUGAUGCUUGCCUCAUGCCCAUUUAGUCUGGAUGAAAGGUCAGGCAGUUAAAUCUUCAGGCUCCAUUAGCUUCCAACAGUAAAAACAAGUAACCAUUUUUUUUUUUACCAGACAAGAACUUAUAGAGGUAAGAUGAUCAAGAGUUUAAAUUAAAGCAAAAUGAUUGACAAGUACUGAUUUGUACUAAUGUGAGUUAGUUAUAUAUGAGGGAUCUAGGCCCCAAAAUAUUUCCAAUGGCUUCAGAGAAGCAAUCUGCUAAAUGCUUCCAUCUCUACAACCUUGACCCGACACUUAACUUGGUAUGGACUUUAUGACUUUGUCAUGUUUCAGACAUUAGAAUGAUACAUGAAGGCUUUUAAUGAAUUAACAAGGGGAGAUGGCCUGAUCUCUAGAUCUUAGCUGCCAGACAUCUUCCAUUAACUGCUCGUUUAUCCUUCUGGACUGUGCUGUAUGCAGAGGUAAAAAGCAAGGUGUAUAACAACACUAUGCAGCUGAACACGAACAAAAAUGAAAAAUAUGCUUGAGCCAAAUAGAGAAGAAUCAGCCAUUUGGGUGACAUUUGCAGGUUUUUUUACUCACCAAGACAAAAGCCUUCACAGCAGGCAGCUCUUGGUUUGGUCGCAAUAUUAUUCAGCAAUCAAGCUGUUGGGACCUAAAGCUCAAUUAGGCAUUGGCUGUGGCUAGAGACCCCAAACCACUUCUUUUGUACAGUAACCUUCCUACGGCUCAGCAGGCAGGAGGCUGAGCAAUGUGUCCGUUUACAGCACAAAGGCAGAAGAAGAUGUUCAGAAACCUUAAAAACAUGGUCACCAUUUACAAAAAAGAAAGAAAUCAAGUGGUGUGAAACUUGCUCCACUCCACCAGAAGGAAAAAUAACUAAGGAUUUGUUUUUUAAGUUCGCCACUAGGUGUGAAAGCAGGCUGUGCUUUCUUUUCCAAUUGGUGUUCAAUCCAGACUCAUUUCCCGGAAAGCAACAAGAGAUUUAUUCUUUUACUUUUUUUGUAGUGUGCGUGUAUGAGAGAAAGACAUCAAAACAGAUAUACAAAAUCUGAACUUAAAAGCACUUUUCCUCCUCAUUGCUUCUCUCCGUUAAGCUGUCUGGCCUGUUUAGUGUUAGAAUCUCUCUUUCAUCCCUCACAAGGUGAACCUGACACAGUCACCAGGCCAGCACGCGUGAAUUAAGGGGGAUCUUGAGCAGUGAAAGGGUUAAAACUGUCAGUCCAUCAUGACGGCUUCCCAGCAGCCUCCUGGCUCUCCUUGGUGACAUGCAACUGUUGUUUGGUUUGUGGCAAGGUCCUCUCUAAAAAAAUGACUUCCUUGGCUGGCGGGAGAGUGCGCUGCUGCUAUGGCGAUGGUUUUUCUAUUAGUUCCGCAGGGGCUUGUACAGGGGAUUGUACAUAGUAAACUAUUUUGUAAAUUGUUUUCUUAAGCUAUACAUAUAAAAAAAGAAGUACCCGUAUUUAUACUUCUUUUCCAAAAUCCUUUGUAAAUAAAAUAAAAACCAACAAAACAAAAAAAAAACAACAACAAAUAUAGCUUAAAACAGAUUUGUUUUAUAAUAGGAAAAUUCAUUUAUUUUAAUUUGUUUUAAAUAUGCAGACUAUACUGUUAGUUUUGGUAAUACUGUGUAUUACAAUGUUAAAAUAUUUGUUAUGUUUUUGACAUAACACAAUCUCUGGUCGCUGCUGAAAGGCUUGCGUGUGGGGACAGGUAGAAAGCUCAGAAAAAGCUGUUUGUCUUCAAUUCGAACCCUGGUGCCACCUCCCUCUCCUUUCCUCCCAGCACUCUUUUUAAGUUUAUUAUACUGAGUUUUUGUCAUGUCUGGAGUCUAAGUCGCACUCUGUAACAUGUUUAUCAAACUGUAAGCUCUGGCUACUUUCCUCACAGAAUACCACCUGGCUGUGCUCUCAGUCACACUGAAUGUUAUCUUUCUGCAUGAAAGCAGUGGCUCUUCGGCUGAGCUGCAAAGUUCUUCCCAAACAAGUGAGUUUGAGUGAGCUGAGGCUGCUAGGUCCUCUGCAGUUUAUUUAAAUCUGGUGGACAGACGUUUUCCAUCAGAGCAGUUUUGUUCAGGUUUUGGACUGGCUGCAGUUCUUAUUGUCAUUUCUUUGUAAUUUAUUUUUUGUCUUUUCUAAGGAACAUUAAAAACAAAAACAUCCCAAUA